ACAUAGAUAUCUCCUUGAUUUUUCUUUGACAGUUACCUUUAAUUAUUUCAGUAAAUAUUUAAUGUCCCAGGUAUACCGUCCUAGGUGCUAAGGAUAAAGCAGAAGAAAACAACAAAAAUUCUUGCCCUUGAGGGUUUACAUGCUAGUGGGGGAAGCUUCAUUCAUUCGUUUACUCAUUUGUUGAACAAGUGUUUAUUGAUAUUUUUUUUAGUGUUUACUUUUAUUUAUUUUUUGAGACAGAGAGAGCAAGUGUGUAUGCAAGUGGGAGAAGGGCAGAGAGAGAGAGAUGGAGAGAGAGAAUCCCAACCUGGCUCCACACUCAGUGCAGAGCCCAGUAUGAGGCUCAAUCUCACAACCGUGAGAUCAUGACCUGAGCUGAAAUCAAGAGUCAGAUGCUUAAUUGACUGAGCCACCCAGGCGCCCCACAUUUAUUGAUCCUCUAAUAUGACUAAAGCCUUAGGCCACACAUUGUGCCUAAAUAGGAUUUUAUCUCUGCCCUCAGAAUACAGUGGGAAAAAUAAGACAUGUGUCCAUUUUUCCCUGCUGCUCCCCAUAUACAAAGAGUAUGGAAGAGUGGUUCAAAGGUGGUUUCUCAGAGGUGACAAGUAAGAUGAUACUGGAAGAACAAACUGAUGAGGGGAAAAGACAGUCCAGGUGAUGAGUAGUGAUGAGACAGAGUGGGCCACAAGGCCCAGGACAGCUGAGGAGGUCAAUGAAUGCUGUUUAAUGAAUGACUGAAACUCCUCCAGGGGAACGUGAACUCUGAGAGGCAAGAGUUCUGGGAACUGCAAGUCCUUUCCUGUGGCUGGAAUUUAAAGUGUGUAGGGAUGACAGGCAGGAGAUAGGGCUUGGGGAAAGAGGCAGGGUCUGGAUGUGAGGUAGGCCUGGCUAAGGAGCUUUGUUCCGAUGACAAUUAGAAAAUUCAUGGGGGGGUGCCUGGGUGGCUCAGUUGGUUAUGUGUCCAACUUCGGCUUAGGUCAAGAUCUCGUGGUCCGUGGAUUCAAGCCCCACUUUGGGCUCUGUGCUGACAGCUCAAAGCCUGGAGCCUGCUUCAGAUUCUGUGUCUCUCUCUUUCUUUGCCUCUCCCCCACUUGUGGUCUGUCUCUCUCUCUCUCUCUCUCUCUCUCUCUCUCUCUCUCUCAAAAAUAAAUAAAUGUUUUUUAAAAAACUUAAAGAAAAAAGAAAAUUCAUGGAUCAUUUUAAAUAGCAUUAUGACAUGGUCUGGUUGUGUUUUAUUCUUUUCUUAAGAAAAGUGUAUUUUUAAAGCUUUAUUUUUAAACAGUAUUUUAAAAAAUGAUAUAUGUCUAUUUUAGAUGAACCUUUAGGGACUUUUUGUGUGAGCAAUGAUUUCAUUAUACUAUUUCUGUAACUGGUACAUUGCACAUCUCUUUCUGCAUCACAGUGGAAGAACCUUUCUCUCUCAUUGGAUUUGACACACAGAAGGCUCUCAGUAAAGAUUUGCUGUUGUGAAAUUCCACUCAUGCUGGCAAGGGGCAGCUGGCUUAGAUGAGGCCAUGAUCUGCCCCAAAUAUGCCACCCUGAGACACUGAAGCUUCACCACCUAUCUGGGAAUAUUUAACAAUUCCUUACUGCCACGUCAUUGCCACUAUAUAUAUAUUUUUUAUCUCUUUCUAACAUUUUUACCAUGGGAAAAUUCAAAUAUUAAUGUAUAGGAAAGUAGAAAGGAUAAUAUAAUACACCCUCAUGUUCCCAUCACCCAACGUCAACAAUUAACAACUCAUAGCAGCCCAUCUCAUCUCAUUUAUAUCCUUAUCUCUCCCUGACCACUGCAUUAUUUUGAAGUAAAUCCCAGACAUCAUAUCUUUUCAUGUGUCUCUAAAAGAUAAGAACUUGUUUAGGAACAUAUCCACAAUUAUUACAACUAACAAAAUAAUUAUUCUUUGUUGUCAUCAAAUAUACAGUAUUCAAAUUCCAAUUGCCUCUCUUUUAUUUAAAUUGGCUUAUUGAGUCAUGAUCUGCACAAGGUCCACGUUUGUAUGGAGUGGUGUUUCCUAAGCCUCUUUCAAUCAACAGGUUCCCCUCUUUCCUUCCUUCCUUCCUUCCUUCCUUCCUUCCUUCCUUCCUUCCUUCACCUUGCUAGCUGUUUAUUUAACCUUAGGCUAAGUUGAAAACAACACUUUAAGGGUGCCAUUUUCCUUCCUGCUCCCUUCAUUGUUUUUUUUUUUAACCCCUGACAAUUUUUGAGAUAAAGAAUUGUAUCCCAUUAUUGCAAAAUAUUCUUUGAAUUCGCAAAGUAUAUCUAAUGUUGCCUGGUUGUUUCUAGCCUGCCAGCUUUAUUCAAGUGCCAAGUACAUACUGAUCAUGCCAUAUACACAAGUGAAUUCUAGAAAAUAUAAUGUUGAACAUAUUUUUAGAAAGGGAAAAUGUUAUCUAAACAGAAAAACAGUGGAGGAUAUCACAAAGAAAAAUAUCAAUAGUGGGGUGCCUGGGUGGCUUAGUUGGUUAAACUUCCAACUCUUGGUCAUGAUCUCGUGGUUUAUAAGAUCAAGCCCCACGUUGUGCUCUGUGCUGACAGUGUGGGGUCUGCUUGGGAUUCUCUGUCUCCUGUCUCCUUCUCUCUCUGAUCCUCCCCUGCUUGCUCGCUCUCUUUCUCUAAAUAAAAAAAUAAACACUUUAAAAAGAAAAAUAUCAAUAGAAUUAAAUAUAUGCUAAAUUAGAAUUUUUUGGCCAACAAACACAAAAUGGAAGGACAAAUGAUGAGCUGAGGGGAUAGUUGCCCUCUAUGAGAGAUAUCAAGUUUGUAGCCUUAAACCAUGUGAUUGGGUCCAAAUGGGUCCAUUUACAAGAUUACCCCAAAUCCUGAUUCUCUAGAUCCCAUCUUCCAGAUUAUCUGAAAGUUAUGUUUUUCCACCCCCCCUCAGGAUCCCCUGCCCCAAUUAUUCACUUAGAGGUGAGGGUGAGAUUCUUACAUUUAGUGCCUUUGUUCUAUCUGUUGGUCUCACCAUCCUGCUGCCCUAUGGACCCCAGGAGCUAUGCUGGGCCUCUGCUGACCUCAUCUCUACCACCUGUUCCUUCCCUCCAGCAAUCAGGAAAACACCCUUUACUUCUUAUGACUGCUGAUUUUCAAAGGAGUUUCCUGCAGAAGAGCUGCAGGGCCCCUAAUGACCCAGUUCUUUUCAUUAUGCCAUAGUCCCUUCUCCCAGAACUCACAAGCACGGUUGAAGUCAGAGGAUGAUCAGGCCCCUGUGGUACCUAAAACGUACCUAGCCUGACUCCCAGCAUCUGCUGCAUAAAGUAUUUCCUGGCUACAAGGAAGGAAGCAGAUGCUGACAGAUUAAGCAAAAAAGGAGUCUGUUCAAAGAACAUUGGGCCGCUCGUAAAAUAGUUGCAAAGACUGGAGGAAACAAUCUUCGAAGAAAAUCACCCAAAACCAUGCAGCUCAACUGGCCUAAUGAGAAAACUAAGGAUGUUGCCCCAUCACCACUCAGCAAAUACCUGCUGCCAGGAGCUCAGUUUGACUGUCACCACUGCUGCCAAAGGCAUCUAGCUUCUUCUGCAUCAGGAACUCAACCUUACAGACCAUCCUGUCCCCCCAACCACAUGGCUCUGCUGCCACCCUCGCCAGCAAGAGGAGUACAUUAUUCACCUUUUCCCCCUCCAAGCCCCCUUCCCCACCAGAAUCCCACACGAGUGCAUCUGACUGGAGGAGCGCAAGUCACAUUCCUGUGUUCUUGCUGCAAAAGAGCAGGAGAGGGAAGGAAGAUUCUGUCUUCUAACUUGAUGGAACUUAAAAGGGAAAAUCCUGCUAACAUCAGAAAGGUAUUCAAAAUCAAAAGGACCUUACCUUCCAGCUUUUCCACCAGAGGACGCUGUUCCGGGUCUGCACGUGGUCAUCUUCUUGUAGCUUCACAUGGUGAGGAGAGAGAGGAAGCAAGCCCUAUCUUGUCUCUUCUUAUCUCAGAUGCUUAUGACUGGCUGCCACUGACUGGGAAAGAGAAUCUACACUGGGAAUCCUCUAACAUCAGAGAUUCAGGAGACUGAGAAGUCCAAGACCAAGGUGCUGGCUGACUUUGCUCAUAGUGAAGACCCUGUUCCUGGUCUGCACAUGGUCGUCUUCUCCUUGUAGCUUCACAUGGUGAGGAGAGAGAGGAAGCAAGCCCUCUCUUGUCUCUUCUUAUAAAGACGCUCAUCUUAAAGAAGAUGUGGUAUUACUCGGCAAUCAAAAAGAAUAAAAUCUUGCCUUUUGCAACUACAUGGAUGGAACUGGAGGGUAUUAUGCUAAGUGAAAUUAAAGAAAGACAAAUAUCAUAUGACUUCACUCAUAUGAGGACUUUAAGAGACAAAAACAGAUGAACGUAAGGGAAGGGAAGCAAAAAUAAUAUAAAAACAGGGAGCGGGACAAAACAGAAGAGACCCAUAAAUAUGGAGAACAAACUGAGGGUUACGGGAGGGGUUGUGGGAGGGGGGAUGGGCUAAAUGGGUAAGGGGCACUAAGGAAUCUACUCCUGAAAUCAUUGUUGCACUAUAUGCUAACUAAUUUGAACGUAAAUUUAAAAAAAAAAUUUUUUUUAAUUAAAAAAAAAAAAGAAAGACGCUCAUCUUAUUGUGAGGGCUCCACCCUGACAACCUAAUUACUUCCCAAAGCCUCCAUCUCUAAAUAUCAUCACAUUGGUGAUUAGGGGUUCAAUGAUUUUGGGGGUACAUAAACCCAAUAGCAUAGGUCAAAAUAAACUUGGCAACUGAAGUCAAGUCAUUGCAAAGUCUUUAUAUAGUUAUUGUCUCAGUCACCAGGUC